UUUUAUACUACACCGUUUCAGUGAUAUUGCUAAAAUGUCUUUACAACAUUAUUAUUAGCAAUUGUUUCCAAAUAAACCUUAAAAGUUGACGCAUGCGCCUUACGACCGCGUUCGUUGUGAUAUUUCUCACCGUAAUCAGUUCGGUUAGAUGCUUGAAGGGAAUUGGGCGUAUACGCUUUUCCUGUACGCUCGUUGAAAUCUUUACGUAGAAAACUUUACACGAAUGACUUUCUUGACACAAAACCAAGGAAGUGACUUUUUUAUGUGUUUAAAAACAGUAUUGUACUUUAAAAUUGUAUAAUUACUUAAUGGCACUAUGAGUGUGUACAAGUUUAUUAUACUGGCGUUUCUAUUUUACAUCAUCUACGCAAAAGAUGAACCAAAAUUUUUGGGGCCUGGCACAAACGUGACAGUAGUGGUCGGACGAGAUGCCUCACUCAUCUGUAAAGUAGAGAACUUACACAACUACAAGGUAGCAUGGUUAAGAGUGGACACCCAAACGAUUUUAACUAUUGGCCCCCAUGUUAUCACAAAGAACCAUCGAGUAGGUAUCACCCGUGGGGACCCUCAAGCGUGGACCCUUACUCUGAGGGACGUGCGGCUAUCAGAUGGGGGCAAUUACAUGUGUCAAGUCAACACUGACCCUAUGAUCACACAAACGCAUCAACUUCAAGUUUUUGUUCCACCAGAUAUAGUCGAUUCUGGGAGCAGUAGCGAAGUUAUAAUACAUGAAGGGGAUGACGUUGCGCUGCAUUGCUCUGCCUCGGGCACCCCCCUACCCACCAUUACCUGGAGACGGGAAGAUUCAACCGAAAUGAGAAUCGAAGGCCAAAAUGUGACUAAAUGGCGUGGCGUUUGGUUGAACAUGACGUCAGUGGGGCGAGAAGUCAACGGCGCCUUCCUUUGUAUAGCCACUAACGGAGUCCCGCCUUCAGUUAGCAAGCGGAUUCUUCUACAUGUAUUGUGUGCACCUACGGCCAAUAUAUCACAGAAGAUGAUAGGAGGUUACAUUGGCGACUCCAUAUUACUACAAUGCAGAAUCGAAGCAAAUCCAACACCAAACGUUUACUGGUCUCAUAUAGAUGAGAAUAAACUGUUAAAUAACUCCAAAUACCAGACGAGCAUAACGUCAAAUAGCUACAAACAUACAGCUACACUCAAGAUUAACAACGUAUCGCGUAAUGACAUUGGACCAUAUUACUGCCACGUGGAGAACUCACUUGGCUCCACACUAGAUGACAUUACAGUUUACACGCUUGUCACAACAACUUUAAAAAGUACAACCAACCUAAUGGAGACAGCAGUCAGUGCAUCGACUGUGUCUACAACAAUAGAAUCUUAUGCCGAAUUAGAAAUGAAAGAAAAUAAUCCGAACCACUUCUCCGAAGAAGACAAUUUUGUUGCAGUACUUAGUCAACAUCAAAUGCAGAGCUUAGAUCUACCGCCAAGUUCAUGACCAGAAAACAAUCAAGAUCACUGGUAUUUAUGGUCGGCGGCGCCAAAGGCCUCUUUCUGCAUGUGGACUAUUUGUACUACUCUAUCAUUUAUGGCAUACCAUAGACAAAAGUGCAAUUUAGUGAGUGUGAUAUGAGUGAUGUGAAAUAUUGGUGCCAGUGAUGGAGUGAUUUGUUACAAAAAUAUUAUAGACACUGUUGGAAAAACUCCAGCUAGAUUUGUGUCAAAAUUAAUCAUACAUUAAGGACAUUAGAAAACUUGACUGAUAGUUUGAUGCUUGUGUAAAAUAGUCAUAUCAUUACAUAAUCUCAUCACUAUCACUCUUAAUGCUUUUGUAUUGAAAAAAAAAAUAUGUAAUAUAAAUUAUUAAUAUAUUGAAAAAUAAUUAUCAUGAGUCAUUCUGUAUUGUAAUUAUUUAUUCAUGUCGGCUUCACUCACUCAUAGCACCCCCGAAUUUCAAACAUGAGUAAAACUAACAUAAAUAUAGUUUAAAGGGUUUUAACAUUAAAUAU